CCAAAGCGAAAGUGCGAAACUGCCACAGAACUUCCCUCUCCCUCUCUCACACACCUCACAGGCGGCGCGGCGGGAGGGCGGCGCGCGUGCGGCGGCCGGGCGUCUGUGGGGCGACGGCCCGACGGUGCGCAGGGCGGCGGCGGGAGGGCAGCGGCCAGGCGGCUGCAGGGCGGCGGUCAGAUCCACGGGGUUUUGGGAGGUUCUUUGUCUGACUGCGUGGGGCGAUUCGGGGGAGAAGAUGAGUAAACUCGCUAAUAUGUUCGCUGUUCUUGAUCUGGAUGCUGAUGACGAUAGAGAGGAAGUAGAGGAACCAACAUCCAGCAGCAAGACAGAAGCUGCUGCGAACACAGAGACAGGUAAAAGCAGGCUGAACCGCACGAUGAUUGUAAACUAUGAUGGGGAAAACCUUGCUUCAUCAUCAAGUGAUUAUAAUAAGCCAUUAGUGUGGAUCGACUUGGAAAUGACUGGCUUGGAUAUCAGCAAGGAUCGCAUACUGGAGAUCGCAUGUAUCAUAACAGACGGUAAACUUACCAAACGAAUAGAGGGUCCUGACUUGGUUAUAAGACAGAGCAAGGAAUGUUUAAACGACAUGAAUGAAUGGUGCCAAAUUCAUCACACCGCCAGUGGGCUGAAGGAAAAAGUACUGCAGAGUGACAUUUCUGAGAAUGACGCAGAGAAACAGGUGCUAAAUUUUAUUAGGAAGUAUAUAGGCUCGGCGACUCCUCUGAUAGCUGGGAAUUCUGUCUAUAUGGAUUUACUAUUUUUGAAGAAGUAUAUGCCACAUCUUGCAGCAAUAUUUUCUCAUGUGAUAGUUGAUGUAAGCAGUAUAUCAGCUUUGUGCAACCGCUGGUUCCCAAAAGAAAGAAAGCAAGUUCCAAGGAAGGAGAAAAACCACAGGGCGAUGGAUGACAUUAGAGAAAGUAUUAAGGAGCUACAAUACUACAAGGAAAACAUAUUCAAAUCGCGGCAAUCAAAGUAGCAGCUAUGUUGGUAGAGUAGACGUGGGCAUCCUCAAUUCACCAUAUGCCCACGGUUAGUGCAUUUGCUGGAAACAAGUCAGAUCAUGUGUUUGUGAUGUCAUCCUUACAAAAGAAUUAUCAUUGUGAUGUCAUCCUUACCGAAAAAAACAUCUUUUGAUUGUUGGAUACUUCUGGCCAACUGAUAAUUUAUGAUGAAUCUUAUGUAUAAUUACUGGCAACCGAUGAUAAUUUAUGAUGAAUCUUGUGUAUAAUUAGUGGCAACCGAUGUACCUGGUUUAAAAACGGAGGACGUGUCAAAACCGAGUACAAAGCCUAAAUGUUGACGUGAUGACUGUCUAUAA